UCGGAGUACGCGCUCUUUUGUAAAACGAAGUCGUUGUGUCCAUGAGGUUCCUGUCCUGGUUGUGCAAGUGCUUGGAGAAGCGUCUGAAGAGGGGCGGCGCAGCCUCCGACGACGGCUGCGGCGACGAUGCAAACGAUGGCGGCGACACUUGGGACCUCAUCUUCCCCCUCCAAACUCUCCAGCUGGCCACCAAUUUCUUCUCCGACCUUAACCAGCUCGGUCAUGGAGGGUUUGGUCCUGUCUUCAAGGGAUUGAUGCCAAAUGGUCAAGAAGUGGCUGUUAAGAAGCUGUCAUUGGCAUCUAGGCAAGGAAUUAGGGAAUUUACCAAUGAAGUCAAGCUAUUACUAAAACUUCAGCACAAGAACUUGGUUAUAUUACUGGGUUGUUGUGCAGAAGGACGUGAAAAAAUGCUUGUCUAUGAGUAUCUGCCAAACAAAAGCCUUGAUCACUUCCUGUUUGAUAAAAGGAAGUCUUCAUCUUUGGACUGGACAACACGAUUUAGAAUAAUUACAGGUGUGGCAAGAGGACUUCUCUACCUGCACGAAGAGGCCCCAGAAAGAAUUAUCCACAGAGACAUUAAAGCUAGUAACAUAUUGCUGGAUGAGAAAUUAAAUCCAAAAAUCUCAGACUUUGGCUUGGCAAGGCUGUUUCCUGGGGAGGACACUCAUGUGCAGACAUUUAGGAUUUCCGGUACACAUGGUUACAUGGCCCCUGAAUAUGCAUUGCGAGGAUAUCUGUCUGUGAAGACAGAUGUUUUCAGUUAUGGAGUCCUGGUGUUGGAAAUAGUUAGUGGGAGAAAAAACCAUGACAAGCAGCUUGGUGCAGAAAAGGCAGAUCUCUUGAACUACGCUUGGACGCUUUAUCAAGGAGGGAAGAUUAUGGAUUUAAUUGACCCAACCCUUGGUAAAUACAAUGGUGAUGAGGCAGCAAUGUGCAUUCAGCUAGGUUUGUUGUGCUGUCAAGCAAGUAUAAUCGAUAGACCAGACAUGAAUUCUGUUCAUCUCAUGCUCUCAAGUGACUCCUUCACAUUGCCUAGACCAGGUAAACCAGGAAUUCAAGGUCGUGUUGGACAUUGGACUACAACCACUACUUCUGCUUUCACCAAUACUACUGCUAGUAGUGCAACCAAAGCCUCAGGUGGUAGUAGUUUUGUAGAGGAUUAUUCUAGAAAUUCUAUUUCUACUUCUUCUUUUGACGAAGGCAGAUGAACUCCAUUCAUAUUGUGUAAAGUGUAAUAAGCUUUAUCUAUUUAUUUAGGGGUAUUCUUUUUGUAAUAUCAUAUUUAUAUGCUAGUACAAAAAUAGUUUGAUCUAUGUGAUAAAAUACGAGUAU